AUGACGACUCCAAUAGUAUUGAAAAACUUUAUUGGAGGGAAGACGCAUACUAUUCAGAACAAAGAAUACAUAGACAGUGUCAACCCGGCUACUGGCAAAGCAUGUACAAAUCUCAAAUAUGCUAUCGAUCCCUCGGUCCAUGCGAAAAUCCCCCGCUCUUCACAAGAGGAUGUAAAUCAGGCCGUCUCUGCCGCCCUUGCCGCCUUUCCCGCAUGGUCUAAAACGUCACGAGCCGAGCGCUCGAAAUAUCUUUAUACUAUAGCAAAUAUCCUCGAAUCACGCAUGGAAGAAUUUGCGGCUGCUGAAUCGAGAGACCAAGGAAAGACCAUAACAUUUGCACGGAUGGUGGACAUACCACGAGCAGUGUAUAAUUUUCGAUUCUUUGCAGAGAACAUUUGCCAGACUGAAGAGAAGGCAACGAUGUUGGAUGGAUUGGCCUUGAAUUACGUACAGAGAUGGCCAGCGGGAGUUGCUGGAUUGAUUUCACCGUGGAAUCUGCCUUUGUAUCUUCUUACGUGGAAGAUCGCGCCUUGUAUUGCUGCCGGAUGUACUUGUGUUUGCAAACCAAGCGAAUUCACUAGUGUUACUGCAUACAUGUUAUGUGACGUCAUAAAAGAAGCCAAAUUGCCUGACGGGGUCGUCAAUAUGGUGUUUGGAAGUGGUCCCGAGGUCGGAGAAGCCUUGGUAAAUCACCCGAAAGUGCCUUUGAUAUCUUUCACGGGAGGAACCGCGACAGGUCAAAAGAUCAUAGCCAAUAGUGCCAAAAACUUCAAGAAAUUAUCCUUGGAACUUGGUGGCAAGAAUGCGAAUGUUGUAUUUGAUGAUUGCAAUUUCGACAAAGCUAUCGAAGGCAGUAUUCGGGCAGCUUUUAGUAAUCAAGGAGAGUUUCUUGACGCGUUUGUUGAGAAAGCAAAAGCCCUAAUUGUCGGUGACCCAGCUGAUAGUAAAACGCAAGUUGGGGCAUUGAAUUCCGAGCAACAUAUGCAAAAGGUUUUGGGUUAUAUCGAACUAGCAAAGGAAGAAGGAGGAAACAUCGUUUGUGGGGGAAAUAAAAAAGUGUUGGAGGGAGAGUUAAAGGAUGGAUAUUUCGUGGAACCGACCGUCAUUACUGGGUUGCCUCCAUCGUGUCGAGUAGCACAAGAAGAAAUAUUUGGACCCGUAGUAACCAUACACCAAUUUACAACAACGGAUGAAGCCAUAUCAUUUGCCAAUGAUUCACAAUACGGUUUAAGCUGUUCAAUCUGGACAGAAAAUAUCCGUCGAGCGCGUCACGUUGCAGAGUCUAUUCAAGUAGGAACCGUAUGGGUGAACUGCUGGAUGCUUCGUGAUCUGAGAAUGCCAUUUGGGGGAUCGAAAAGGAGUGGGCUUGGUCGCGAAGGCGCAGACUACAGUCUGGACUUUUAUACUGAAUCCAAGACCAUUUGUUUGGCUAAUUAA